AUGUGGAUUCAUAGAAUAUUUGGUUUGUUUCUAUUGUGUACAAUUGGAUGCGCUGCCGAGAAUGUGGACAUUGAUUUGUCGGUGGAUCAUUCGGACUGGAAAGAUCCAACGGAUCCGUUUGCAUCCUAUCAAAAAGAGCAUCAAAACGUUGAAUUAUUGGCUGCUUGUGAGCAGAAAUUACAGCUGUGUCUGCGAAACAAUAAAGAUGAAACAUCCCUUAUGGCUCUAGGUCAACAUUCUCAGCAAAAAAGUGAUCCAGCGAUGAAAUUACUCAUUCGAAAUUUGAUAUCGCGAUUGAAUUUUGAUAUUGAUACGGUACCGCAUUUGUAUUCAUUUGUGAAUUAUGUGGAUCGAGUGGCUCAGAUUCAGUUCACCUCAGAAGAUUUGGCAACGAUUCGCCGUUAUUUGAAGUCGAGCAGUGAAUCGAUUUCGUUACGUGAACAAGUUAAGAUCAUACUCGAAAACUUCAUCGUUCAGCUGGAUCCCUAUAAAGAGCCAACAAUCGGAAUGCGUUUUGUGCUACUUGUCAUGCCCUAUUUACCGUUGCUGAAUUUUGUGAUAUUGAUACCGGCUCUAUUGAUUAUCUUGAAGAAUCGUUGUUCAACGAAUUCAUUUCUAUUCAUUUGCUUCACAACUGCAUUCAUGGUUUCGCUGUUCUUUGUGUACAAUCGAAAAUAUCAA